CUUAGACAUAGAUUGUACAUUGGAUAGUCUAAUCUACAGGGGUUAAACACAUACUUUAGUAAAUGCAUAAGCAUGUUUAGCAUUAUAAAGACAAUGCCGGCGAGCAAGAGGUUGCUAUUACAAAACCAUCCUCUACAAUAGCAAUUAAAUAAAUUUCAUACUUAAUAUAUUUUAACCUACAGUUUUAUUUCCAAACGUUAAUCCAACCAAAUGGUUUACGCUUAGCUGAAUCGACCUGAGUUGGUGUUCGUGGUGGUGAGUAUAACAACUUGCGUCCACUGCAGGUCAAGGAAAAUUCUUUGCAGUCUGGUUUAUUCUCUUCAAUUCUCCUGAAAAUUGAAUUAGAAAAAAUGGGGAGAUAUGGUGGUAGCCUUAGUCGUGAUUUAGAACGCAAAAUAUACGAUCGUUUGUGUUCUAUUCGUGACCCAACUUGCCAUACAGAUAUUGAGGAAUGGCCUAUAUCGACGAGACGUGCAGUACAAUUCGUUCAAGAAAGAGACCUAACUUUAAGAAGGUUAAAACGUCCUGUCUUAGAAAAAACUGUAGAGAAGGUCUUGGACAUAAUGAAGGCAGAAGACGAUGAAUCCUCUGCCGCAGAUCAAGACGCUGUUCUCGUGGAAAGUGAUCCUGAGGAUUCGAAUUCAUCAAGGUUGAUGGAAGUAAAGGACACGAAUGUUGUGAACAAGAGCAUCACUAGUCUUUGGAAUACAUCAAACCCUACUACUGAUGAAGAUAAAAAAUCAAGUAAUCAAGAAAAUACAAAGAGAAAAGAUCGACGAUCGAAGACUUCAAGCAGUGCUAAACGACUCAAAAGCACCGAAACUUCAAGGGAUCCACCGACUGGUAUUUCUUUAAAAGAUGUUGGUGGUCUUGAUGAAUGUAUAACCGAAUUACUUGAAACGGUUGCAAUGCCAAUUAAACACCCGGAAGUUUACCAACAUACUGGCAUUCAACCUCCAAGAGGUGUUUUGUUACAUGGUCCACCUGGUUGCGGUAAAACCAUGCUCGCCAAUGCUCUUGCCGCUGAGCUUGGAGUACCCUUUCUUUCGAUUUCUGCUCCCUCUAUUGUUUCUGGAAUGUCCGGUGAAUCUGAGAAAAAGGUUAGAGAUGUGUUUGAAGAAGCGAAGCUCUUGGCUCCUUGUCUAAUGUUUAUUGAUGAAAUUGAUGCAGUUACACCAAAGAGAGAAAGUGCUCAACGAGAAAUGGAACGAAGAAUUGUUGCUCAAUUUUUGACUUGCUUGGAUGAGCUAUCUUUUGAAAAUACUGGAGGAAAGCCUGUAUUGGUGAUAGGUGCUACCAAUCGUCCCGACUCUCUUGAUAGUGCUUUAAGACGGGCUGGUCGGUUCGAUAGGGAAAUUUGCUUAACUGUCCCAAAUGAAGAGUCGAGAGAGAGAAUUUUGCGUACAAUGGCAAAAGGCCUGCGUUUAAGUGGUAACUUCGACUUUCGCCAGUUGGCUAAACAGACUCCCGGUUACGUGGGUGCUGAUCUUAAAGCAUUAACAUCUGCAGCUGGUGUUAUAGCAAUUAAGCGAAUUUUUAAUGAACUGACUGCUUUAAAAAAAGACGCUGAAGACCCCAAUGCUAUGCAGACUGAUCAAGAGGAAAUAACUUUAGACAUGGAUUCUGCUGAUGAUAAUAAUGAAGAUAUGCACAUGUCUGUGAUUCAAAGAUAUUUAAAUACCCAUCCAGAUCCUUUGACUCCAGAAGAAUUGGAACCAUUGGCCAUAGGACCUCAUGAUUUUGUAGAAGCUCUUUCAAAGGUGCAACCAUCAUCGAAGCGUGAAGGAUUUGCUACUGUGCCUGAUAUAACCUGGUCUGAAGUGGGUGCUUUGAAGUCCAUACGUGUAGAAUUGCAGAUGGCCAUUGUUCAACCUAUAAAAAGACCAGAACUGUAUAAAAGCGUGGGUAUCACAGCACCAUGUGGUGUAUUGUUAUGGGGUCCACCAGGGUGCGGUAAAACACUAUUAGCAAAGGCUGUCGCAAAUGAGAGUAAGGCAAAUUUCAUUUCAAUCAGAGGACCUGAACUUUUAAACAAGUACGUUGGAGAAUCUGAAAGGGCAGUUCGUCAAGUAUUUGCUAGAGCUCGUGCUUCUUCUCCUUGUGUAAUUUUCUUUGAUGAAUUAGACGCUAUGGUCCCCAAACGUGAUGACUCCUUAUCUGAAGCAUCAUCUAGAGUAGUAAACACAUUGUUAACCGAACUCGAUGGAUUAAACGACCGUGCCUCUGUUUAUGUCAUUGCAGCUACAAACAGACCUGAUAUUAUUGAUGCAGCUAUGUUAAGACCUGGACGUUUGGAUAAAACACUGUUAGUUGAUCUUCCUGAUGCACAUGAAAGAGUGGAAAUUUUGAAAACCAUAACCAAAACCACGCCUUUAGAUUCGGACAUCAACUUAGAAUUAAUUGGUCGUGAUGAAAGAUGCAGUAGUUUUUCUGGUGCCGAUUUAGCUGCGUUGGUCCGUGAAGCAGCGGUAACGGCUCUUCGUUCAGCGGUUUUCCAAGACAUUGCUUCAAACGAACCGGAGAUGACUCAACAUACUGCAAAUGCACCCAUUCGCGUAACAAUGGCCGAUUUCGAUCUUGCCUUUAAAAAUAUAAGACCUAGUGUUUCUGACCGUGACCGUCAAAAGUACCAACGACUUGCGAAGAGAUGGUCAUCUGCUUCCCAGGAAGUUGAAUAAUUAUAAAAAAUUGAAGAAUUUUUGGAUUUAAUAGGUACAGUGGCAUUUCAUAGGAAAAAAAAUGGAUUUUAGGUAUAAGCUUUUAUAAUUGAUUGAAGGAUAUUAAUUUUUGAUUUACUUCGAGUUACAAAUGGUUUGUAUGUUGACCAAGGUAAGACUGAUUGUGGAGCAUUUUACGACGUCCCUAAUUUAUACAAACGUAAGAAAAUAUAAGUUUUUUAUUUUAACAUAAAAGAUUAAAAAAAAGAGUAAACCAUGAUUUUUCAAAAGAAAGAGAUGCUUAACAUUGUGGAAGAGUAAACUUGUUUACUGUACCCUUGACAACCUACUAACAACCCAUACACGGUUGCAAA